UUUGCUGCAUCAACCUUAACUGCAAGUUAUGCACACUAAUCAAUUUGUUUUUGGAUUUUCUUUUUGUUAAUUUAUUAUUAUUAUUAUUAUUAUUAUUAUUCGUUUUGGGUUUAGUUUAGUGGUGAGUUCACUGAGUUGCACUGUUGCUUAAAGUAACUAGUUUAUGAAACUUGUGCUUCCUAGAGUGUGUGUAAGUGUAACGCAUAAUUUGAGUUUAGAUUUUAGAGUACUUGGAAUCAGUGGUUAUCUAUGUUCUAUUUUUUGUAAUAUAAUUAGAUAAGAUUAGAUGAAAUUCACAUAAAGAUGCUGAGAUGACAUCUAUAUUCACUUACGAUAGUUGGCCACUGAUAUAGGGGUGCAUUUGUUUCUGAUUUUCAAAAUAGUGAUUUUACAACUUGAAAUUUUUUUAAUAAAUUUGUAAGAAUGUUGAAAACUGAUUUUAAUUAGAAGCUACCCUGUUUAGCUUUUACCAAAAUCCAAAAAGAAGGAAAAAGCUCAAAAACUGAUUUUUAUAUUUUUUACAUUCUGGUUAUUUUCUAAAUUUAUACAAAUAUGUGAAAAAGUUUUGUCAGAGAAAGUUAAAACAAGCGCAUCCAUAAUGUCAAGUUUGUAUUUGUCAAGAUGUGUCAAAUCUUUUGGUGCUUAAUGACUUUCGAAGGUUAAGCAUAUACGAUGUUAUGAUGAGAAUGUCUGCGCGCGCAUGGAUGCUUUGUUCUUUUGAUUAAAAUAAGAAGCCCGGGAAACCAGCUGAUACUUCACAAUUUCGGAGUCAGUUGGAUGCACUGGGCCUGCGCAUUGUUGACAUAACAGCAGAUGGUAAUUGUUUCUUCAGAGCCCUUGCUGAUCAGUUGGAAGGUAAUGAAGAGGGACAUCAAAAGUAUCGCAGCAUGGUGGUGAAACACAUAAUGGACAAUCGGGAAAUGUUUGAGCCCUUUAUUGAAGAUGAAGUCCCCUUUGAUGAAUAUUGCCAGACGAUGGAAAAUGAUGGUACAUGGGCUGGACAUAUGGAAUUGCAGGCAGCUUCUCUUGUGUUACAUAGUAAUAUAUGCAUUCACCGGAACAUGUCACCUCGUUGGUACGUAAGAAAUUUUGAUGAUUGUCGAGCUCGUAUGAUCCAUUUGUCUUAUCAUGAUGGGGAGCAUUAUAAUAGUGUGAGGUUGAAGGAUGAUCCUUGUGAUGGGCCUGCAAGGUCAAUUGUAAUUAAGGCUGAUGCUGAUCUUUCAGCGACAUCACAUCAAGCAAAAGUUACGGCUAACAAAGCCCAUGCGCAAGCUGGCAGGGAAUCAUUUCAGCCAGGUUCUAUAAAGUUGGUUAUGGCUGGAAGCGGAUGCGAAAACACUGAAAGAGUGGAACAGAUUCUAGAGCAGGUAAACGGAGACAUCGAUGCUGCAAUAGAGUUCCUAAUUGCAGAACAAGGAGAAGAAGAGUGGUCUACAAAGUGUGAUUCCUCUCCUAUUCAGGCUGAUGCCUAUGGUCAUGAUAAAAAUGAGAAUAGUGAACAACAAAAAGAUAAUAUAGUAGAGAACAGCAUAAAUGCCGAAUCAAGUAAAAGCUCCAGGAAGACCAAUGAACGUAGCACAUCUCAACAAAACGACAAGCAGAAGAUUUCUAGAAACAAAAUGUGCCCAUGUGGUUCAAAAAAGAAAUACAAAGCUUGUUGUGGAACAACCUUGGCUAGACAAUCUGCACGGUUUGUGGUUAACCAAGCAGCCGAAACUAGGAGGAGCAAAAGAGACAGCAAGCAUGGAAAGAAAGGGGUUUCGUCAAAAGCGGAUGUGUCCGGUGACUAUGAUUCGGUGACACCCGACAUGGGCGCACUUUGUAUUUGAGUUCAUUAUAAAUGUAAGACUCAUAUUGUGGAAUACACCACCUCUUCAUUGCUUCAAGAUAAUGGUUUGCGAGUUCUUGUCCGCUCCAGGUGUGGCUAAUUUCUUGUUCCCCCUGAGGAUUAAAAACUACAUCAGGUUCCUUUUGACACAGGCUAGUUUUGGACAGAAGGAUGGACAAUAGGUGGAAUAUUGUUAUAAAAGCAUUAUUUUCUUAUAAUGGAACAACAUGGAUGUUUUUAUCAAUUUUAUAUUGUAAUAUCUUGUGUGAGAAUCAGUUUGGCCUAAAAUAUAAGGGUAACAAAAAUGAUUGAUAAUGAUUUAUACUAAUAAAGUUACAAAAUUGUUGGAAGACAACGAAAAUCAGUCUAAAAUUACUAUAUUUUGUAUUUAUUAA